AUGAGAAAUCAAGAGAAAGCAAUAGAGCGCGUCGCCUCGCGCCGAGCGGACUCUUCCCACGCUCUUCACAUUGCACGCUCGCCCUGCUUCAACAAACCCAGAAGGACAGCUCGAGAGACUCGGUCUGGUCUCACCACUCAGUCUUUGACAGACACCACUCGCCCUGCCGGCAUCAACUCUCUUUACCACCCCGUCUCGACCGAAAGACGACACGGGCCCAGCGCUCCUAUCACAAACGAUCUCAUCGCUAUCGCUUCACUUGUUUCCUUUGCAACGCUGGCGUUGGCAUCUACGAGCCGGACUAGUCUCUUCGAGCUCUCGGCCCGGGACAUCGCUCUUGGUCUCAACCCGUCGACGUCUGUCGCUGCCGAACUUGAGAAACGCGAUGCUGCCGUCAAUGUCGCUGCCGAAUUGGUCUCGCGCGACCUGGCUGGCGAAGUCGAAGCGUCUACUUCCGAGCUAGAGAAGCGCGCGCGUCACCAUCACAGACAUGCGAACCAUCAUCACCACCGCCACCAUCGCAAUCACAGACAUCAUCACCGUCGCCCGCAGCACAAGUCACACCAUCGCCACCACCACCAUCAUCAACACCACCAUCACCCUGCACCGCACAAAUGCCACAACUGCCAAACCAGCGUCAAGCACGCGGAACCAUACUGCCAUCAUGGCAAAUGCUCCUUCACCUGCAAGACUGGCUACUACAAGAAGAACGGCCAGUGCCACAAGGGCGAUGACAAAUGCGACAAGGCUUGCAAGCCCAUCACCAACGGCGCGAGCAAGUGCAGCAAGAAGAAUGGCUGCACCUACUAUUGCGAUACUGCCAAUGGCUUCUCGCUCCACAAGACGAGCACUGGCUAUACGUGCUACAACACGAUGACCGAUCCCACUCACUGUGGCAAUCCGCCCAAAGUGUGCCAACAGGCCUACAUGUACAAGGGUGAGCCGACAUGCACCAACGGCAUGUGUGGCGUGCUCUGUUCGAACGGCAAGAUGGCCACAGAGAGAAAUGGUGUUUUCUACUGCCCUUAG